AUGUCGGCACCUGGCCGUCUCGUGCUUGGGCAAUUUCCAAUUUUCCACUGGGGCCUCAAUGGAUCUGGAUCAACCAGAGAGCCGUUAUCCUCUGCUCAGUCCUCGUUGGCCCUGGUGGUGUCACCUGCGCCCUCUUCCGUCACUCGCCGCCCAUCCCACAUUCUGCACACAUUCGGACACUCACGCAUCGAAUCUCACGUAUAUACGUACCACAAUGAUGCAGUCGGCUACAACGUACGCAUCUUUGGAUGCCGCUCUGGCUGUUAUCUUCUCACUUCGUAUCAUUUCAUUGGAUUGCGAAUCGCAACAGCCAUGGACACCUACGCGCAGACACAAUGUUCACCGGGGGUGGCUCCUGAAACUCCUUUCGCAACCCCGGCUCCUCCUCAACUUGCCAUCCUCGAUUUCUUCUUUCCCGGCUUCAGCGUCAUAUCGACCGCCUUCGUCCGAUACCUCGGCAUCGACCUCAAUGUCUACCUUCCCGUUCUCAUCAUGUGUGGUGCCGCCACAUUUGCCUGGAAGUACUUCAGCGACUACGUCUGGGGCAUCGUGGAGACUUACUUCAUGUCGUCCGUCGAGAUUCGUACCGAUGACGAGAUUUACAAUAUGCUUAUGGCUUGGGUGGCUUCGCAACGUUUUGCCAAACGAUCGCGGCGCUUCGUGGCCAACACCAAUUUGAAUUCGCGCGCCUGGGCUCUUUGGCGGUGGGAUGCCGAUGAUGAAGAUGACACGGACAACGAUGUUGGGACUGACCAGACCCCGGGUGAGAACGGCGCUUAUGGCGUCCUCGGAGAGUCUAAGAAGGUACUGGCCUACACGCCCAGUUUUGGCAGCCACACUUUCUGGUAUAAAGGCAGGCUUCUGCGGUUUAGCAGAAGCCGGAACCAGCAGCAGGGUUAUAUGACCGUCAGUGAAUCCGAGGAAAUCAGCAUCUCUUGCUUCGGACGCAAUCCCUUGGUUCUGAAGCAGCUGCUUCUCGAGGCUCGCAGCGACUACCUCAAGAAGGACACCAAGAAAACCAUGAUUUACCGCGGCAACACCCGGAAUUCGGGUGACCCUUCCUGGCAGCGGUGCAUGGCACGCACAGCCCGGCCCUUCUCCACCGUCAUCCUCAACGAGAAGAAAAAGAAGGAGCUCGUCGACGACGUGGCGGAUUAUCUCUCCCCCGCCACGCGGAACUGGUAUUCGAACCGUGGAAUCCCCUGGCGGAGAGGCUAUCUAUUGACCGGGCCUCCCGGUACCGGCAAAUCGUCGCUCUCGCUAGCCCUAGCCGGGUACUUCAAGAUGCGCAUCUACAUUGUCAACCUCAACUCCAUCUCUGCCAGCGAGGACAGCCUUGCUUCCCUCUUUUCCGAACUCCCCCAGCGGUGCAUUGUCCUUCUCGAGGACAUUGACUCCGCGGGGUUGACCCACACUCGAGAGCAGGACAGCGGCAGCACUACUGCCAGCGGCGACGACAACAAAGACGGCAUGGUUCCCGGGCAGCUCACCACGGGCGACAAUUCGAACAACAGCAAUUCGCGCCUCUCACUCUCCGGUCUUCUCAAUGUCCUGGACGGCGUGGCAAGCCAGGAAGGCCGUGUACUGGUCAUGACCACGAAUCACAUCGAGAAGCUGGACAAGGCCUUGAUCCGACCUGGCCGAGUAGACAUGACAGUCAACUUCACCCUGGCUGACCUGGAGAUCGCGGGUGCCAUCUUCCGGGCCAUCUACGCUCCCCUCGAGUGCGAGGCGACGACUGGCCGUGACUCGGCUGACCUGUCCUCCGAGGAAAAAGACGCGGCGGCCGCGCAGGCGGCGGAGAAGCAGGCCGAGAGUGUGGCACGCAUCGAGGUCUUGUCCCAGGAAUUCGCUGCCAAGAUUCCCGAGCACGAGUUUAGCCCAGCAGAGAUUCAGGGGUUCCUGAUGCGCCACAAACACGAUCCCGAAGCAGCUAUCAGGUUGGCCGAAGAGUGGAUUGUUGAAACCCGGAAGCAGAAGAAGGAGAAGGAGAUCAAGGCAGCCGAGGAGAAGCGUAAGGCGGAACAGACGAAGAAGGAGGAGGAAGAGAAGAAGAAGAAGGAGGAGGAGGAAGAGAAGAAGAAGAAGGAGGAAGAGGAAGAGAAGAAGAAGAAGGAGGAAGAGGAAGAGAAGAAGAAGGAGGAGGAGGAGGAAGAGAAGAAGAAGAAGGAGGAGGAGGAGGAAGAGAAGAAGAAGGAGGUGGAGAAGAAGCAAGAGAAAGGUCGAGAAAAAGGAGACGUUAACAAGGAAGCGUCCCAAUCAACAGAGCCUGUGGCAUCGACACAGGUCGCCUCGGGUGACGUGGAGAAGGAGGGCAAGCCCCAGGAGGCAGACGGGCUAAUUGCUCAACCUGAGGGACACGAGGCGGCUCAGCCAGGGAAGGAUCGCCCAGAAGGCCGUCAGGACGGUCCUGAUUCAGGCUACGUGUCGCCUUCUGGAUCAUAGGAGUGUGGAAGGCCCCAGUGUAAUACUAUGGAAAAACUGGCAUAGGGCUGUAAAUAGCUGGCGUUUUGGGCGUUUAGAGGUGACGCGGGAAUGACCCAGGGGUGUACACCAAGACAUGGCAGCAUCAGCAUCAUAUAGCACUGAUACGAUAUCACUAAACGAAUAACGGUAUUUUAUUUCCUUCUUUGCGGGCAAAGACUUGAGCCUCAUACAACUGGGGUCUGACUGACUGCCAACAACUGAACGAGAUCCGGGGUUUAAGAGAAAAAAAAAUUGCGACCCAGCACUAAACUUCAAC